CUUCACGGCUGUGUGGACGUCGGAAGCUGGCAGCUGGAGGUUGACGGUGUUUUGUAUCGCUGAGGCUCGGUGGAGCUGCUGGAGGAACCAUGUCCGCGCUUCAGCAUCUGAGGCUGUUCGUGAAGGAGCGUCUGAGCGCCGCAGCGGAGGAAAUCUUCAGGGAGUUUGAGAAAACCGUCCUGCAGUACGAGGAGCAGCUGCACCAGCAGCACGGGGCCCUGAGCUGGACUGCAGACUCUGCAGACCUUCCACAGGAAGAUGACUGCAAAGAGGAGGAGAUGGUUCCCAUCGAGCUCUGUAAGCAGAAAGAGGCCUCUGCUGUGGACCAGGAGAAACCAGAACCGGUACAGAUUAAAGAGGAACAGGAGGAGCUCUACACCGGUCAGGAGGGAGAGCAGCUUAUCCUGAAGGAGGAGAGCGAGACAAUUAUGGUGACUCUUACUUAUGAUGAAAGUGACCUCAGUGAACCUCAGCACAAGUAUGUGGACUCUGGAUCUACGACAAAUGCAGAGCCACAGCCAGAGGAGCUACAUCAGCGUACCAGAAGCACCGCGAAAGCUGUCACAUCACAGAGUCAGCGUAAACCUGACGUGGGGAAAAAGUCUGUAAAAUGUGACGUUUGUGGAAAAACCUUCAAGUAUAAUUUCCAAAUGAAGAAACAUUACAGAAUCCACACAGGCGAGAAGCCGUACGCCUGCAGCACUUGUGGAAAAAGAUUCUAUCAGAUUUAUUUCAUGAAAUAUCACGAAAGAAAUCAUACAGGUGAGAAGUCACACCUGUGCAUCACCUGUGGGAAAAGAUUCACUGACCUAUCGGCACUUAAAAGGCAUACAUCGAUCCACACAGGCGAGAAGCCGUAUUCCUGCGAAACGUGCGGGAAAUGUUUCAGGCACAGUGCGACUCUGUUGGUUCACAUGAGAACCCACACAGGUGAGAAGCCGUACGCUUGCAACACCUGUGGGAAAAGAUUCACCAACUUAUCCGCGUUUAAAAAACACGCUGCAAUCCACACAGGUGAGAAACCGUAUUCCUGUAAAAUCUGCGGGAAAAGUUUCACUCAGAGCGGGAAUCUGACAGUUCACAUGAGAACGCACACAGGUGAAAAGUGGUACUCCUGCGAAACGUGUGGCAAAAGUUUCAGUCGAAGUAGCAAUUUAACUGUUCACAUGAGAACGCACACAGGUGAGAAGCCUUACCACUGCAACACCUGUGGGGAACGAUUUAAAUACGCCGCAACGCUAAAGAACCACAUGGGAACGCACGCAGCGGAGACGUCGCACGCUUGCAAAAAAUGUGGGAAAGGCACCAAGGGGGACUACACUUUGUACUCAGUCGCAGCGGCGCAGGCGCUAGCAGCGUUAGCUGCUGGAGGCAGGAUGUCUUCAGCUCAGUGUUUUCCUCCGGCUCAUGAACUCUGUCAGACGGAUGUGGAGCGAACCUUCGUCCGCUGUCAGGAGGAGCUGCUGGACAUCAGCUGGAAGCCUGAGAUAAAGUUACACAGAAUCGAUCUUCUGUGUGUCAGUCAGAAUGAGGAAGAGGAGCUCUGUAACCAGGAGAGAAACUCCCGUCUGGACCAGGAGGAUCCAGAACCUCCACAAAUCAAAGAGGAAGAGGAAGAGCUCUUCAUCAGUCAGGAGGGAAAGCAGCUCCUACUAAAGGAGGAGAUCGAUACUUUUAUGGUGACUCCUGCUUAUGAGGACAGUGACCUCAGCGAGUCAGAAUCAAACUGUGAUCAGCUCCUCUCUCCCAGCUCUCCUGAAACUGAGAGCUUGAACGAAGGAAGCUUUGAUGUAGCCUCAGGAUCAACUAGAAAUGCGGAGCUGAAACCAAAGCAGAGCCGUCACAGAAACAGUGACAGCAGUUUAGACUCUGUCAGUAAAUGUGACGUUUGUGGGAAAGACUUUCAGGAUGACGGGAACCAACACAGAACCUCAGAGAAGCCGUACGCUUGCAGCACCUGCGAGAAAGAGUUCUAUCAGCUUUAUGUAAUGAAGUAUCACCAAAGUGGCAUCGCAGAGGAGAAGCCGUUUUCUUGUGAAACAUGCGGGAGAGGUUUCCGAGCUCGAGAUAAAAUGUUGAUUCACAUGAGAAUCCACACAGGCGAGAAGCCCUACCUUUGUAAUGCCUGUGGGAAAAGCUUUUCUCAGUCAUCGGCGUUGAAACGGCAUGCGUUAAUUCACUCGGGAGAGAAGCCGUAUUCCUGCAAAAUAUGUGGGAAAACCUUCUGUCAGAGUAGUGAUUUGACCGUCCACAGCAGAAUCCACACGGGUGACAAACCGCACAUCUGUAAGAGCUGUGGGAGAAAGUUCUCUGAUGCUUCAGCGUUCAAACGGCACACGGCGAUCCACACGGGCGAGAAACCGUAUUCCUGUAAACUGUGUGGAAACAGCUUCAGGCAGAGUGGCCAUUUGCUGCGACACAUGAAGAUCCACACAGGCCAGAAGGACUACUCUUGUACAAUAUGUGGCAAAAGUUUCACUCAAAGCGGCGGUUUGAAUGUCCACAUGAGGAUUCACAAUAGAUAGAGACCGUACUCUUGCAAAGUGUGGGAAAAGCUUCAUCAAUCGUCGUAACGUGUCUGCACACAUGAGAAUAUAAAUUUGUAGGAGAAGGAGUCCUGCCAGACACGUGGGAAGAGUUUCACUCAGUGUUAGUUUAACAGCCCACAGACUCUCAGGAGGAAAGUCAGGCCUGUAAUGUCUGAGUGGAAAAUACGUCUGGGAACAGAAGUCGUUAAGUAGAGCUUUCAGUUUUUAAGCGAUGUAUAGCAGGCUGUGCUCGAUGAAGCUGCCUGGGCCUGGAUCAGUGUGUCAGACUGCACAAUCAAUCUUCGUCAAAUUGUCCAGUAGAUGUGGUGAAUCUGUAAUAAGUGCAUUUCAGUUUUUAUUGAAUGGGUCUUAUUGAAACGUGGAUGUUUGUAAGGGCGUAUGAUGAUGUCAUGGAUUCAGUGGGUUGUACUCUGAGGCCUGUACAACAUUUAAAAUGUUGUCAGUGUGCUUUCUGCAGGCAGAUCUAACGUUCAAACGAUUUUCAGAUGACUGCAUUCUGUGUUACAUCGCUCCUGUUUCACAUAGUUUUAUGUCUGUACAGAGCACGUUGUCUCAGCUUGUUCCUGUGUGCAGUGUUUGUGAUUGGGACACGCAGCUGAGGCAAUAUCAGAUGUAGACGUUGGAUAACAAUCAUUCUUUUAGCACCAGUUACUCAGGUUCAUUCACCUAACAGUAAUUUAUACUCCAAGUAUCACCUGGUGUCAUAAUAGCAGUAAUUGUAUAACUUUGUUGUAUUGCAAGGGUAACUGAAGCUACACAACAGGAGUGAAGGAGGUCAAAAUGAAGAAGAUCUUGUUAAAUGUGUGAGGUGUUAAUGUUUCAUCUGAAAUUAAGGACUUGAAAACCUCUGUUAAUGUUUCUCUCUCCUGAACCUGCUGGUAGAACA